AUGCUUGAAGAUAAAGUUUACUGGCAAUCAUACAAAGACGUAGUCGAAGAUCCGAAAGCAGCAUACGUAUUUAUCGGAAAUACUGAUAAUUUCACGAAACAAAUUUUUCAACAGCUGAACUACCAAAAUACAGAAAACCUCGAUGAUAAAUGUAAAACAAAUGGUUUUGAAGGAGUCGAGACCGCAACCCAUGCAACAAAAGAUACUACAUUUACCACAAGUUCUAACAAUGAUAAUGGCCAAACAAGUUCCGUCCCUAAUCCUACUAAUUUUGCAUAUUUUGCCACUCCAAUUUCACGCCUUCCUCAGAGAACAAAAUUAUCAUUGAAAACGUAUCCAACAUCAAAUGUUAAUAUUUGGAAAAACAGAUCUACAUAUUCAGUUGCUGCAACAUUCUUCAGAAUACCCUUCUCAACAGUUUAUUCUACAGCUUUUUCAACACCUCAUUCAACAGCUCACUCAACCCCACAUUCCACACCCUUCAUAACACCUGUAAGAUCGAUUUCGCCACUUCCUGAAACACCCAGCCCAACAGAUAAUCCACUUACAACAAAGGAGGGAUAUUACUUCACAUAUAUGAACACUGAUACAUCUCUUCUCACACUCAGCAAUACAACUACGAAUAUUACAAGCACAAUCACAACAGUUUUCACAUUUAUUUCGACAGCUAUCAGAACUUAUCAAGAUAACACUGUUAAAAUUGUUUACGACAAAUCUAUCACAACAAUCGCCACAAAUCUUGAAUCCAAAGCAGAUUAUACGCUUUACUAUCCAUCAUUUACUAAAACUUGGGCAGUUACUUAUGCACAGGCACAAUACACGACAAAUACAACAGUGAAAUAUAUGUCGUUUGUAACUAAUAUGAAUGAUGUAUUAUCAGCAACUUUUAUUAGUACAAAUAAUUCAAUAAUUCAAGUUGACGAAAAUUAUACUGGUAAUAAUAUUUGGGCUUACAUAAGAAUUAGUACAGCCACAGUAACUUAUACACUUGAAGAUAAUACAAAAUUAAAGCUAACAAUGACAAAUUAUGCAUAUAUUCUUUCAAAUAAUAACAGCUUUUCUGCAGGAUAUUAUACAUUCACAUAUGGGUCAAGUACCACACUUACUUCAUCAUUGAAAAUUGGUUUUAAUUCAAGCACAUUUGUUCCUAUUACUAUUCCAACAGCAACUUUGCAAGAACAGAAAUUUGAUCCAAAAGAUCCCGAAAAACUCAGAACAGAUGCAACGAAAUUAACAUUAGUUCCACAAAUUGCUGAAACAACAAUAUCUGGUACAAGUUAUUUCUCUGGAUAUAUAAGAGCUUCAACAAAUACAAUAACAAUUGUAAACUAUCCAAUAAUAACAACUCAUUUCACAUUUAUUAAUAAUAAAUAUGAAAUGACGCAAUUUACAACUCUUGCUGAAACAUUUUCAAACGUUUCAGAAGGUCAAACAUUUGUCACGUAUCUUUCGAUUCAAACAAUUUAUCGCACUAAUACAAUUACAUUUAUUUAUAUUGAUACAACUACAAUUACUGGUACAAAUGUUUACGCACUUAAAGAAACUGAAUCUUCUUAUUUUUCAAUCAAUCCAACUGGUACCACUUAUGCAAUUGUUAGUUCAAAUCUCUCCACCUCAAUAGAAGCUCUUCCAACUAAUUUCACAUUUAACAGUCCCGUAUUCGCAUGGACAUCUACAUUCUAUCUUCCACCAAAUGGAAACAAUAGCAGUGUUAUUUACACAUUCACACAAAUAAUUUCAACAUUAACUAGUGUUGUUACAAUAUUACAUGUUCCUGAGCUUUCUUAUGAUGGAGUUAAAAUUAUCGAAAAUACGAAAGUUAUUACUGCUUCAAAAACAACAAUUAAAUCUCUCGCAUAUACAAUCUCUACUUUCGAUGAGUCGCAAAUACCAUCUUUAACAUUUUCCAUACCAAAUUUCAGUAUACCUUCCACCUUAACUACUGUUCCAUCCUUAACUUAUUCAUCAUUACACACUGUAACACAGAAAAUAACAUUCCAUUACUCAACUUCCUUCUCAACUAAAACUAUAACUAAGAUCUGGAUGAAUAUAUCUGUCUAUAAGUCGACAUUUUUGGAAGAUGGCAAAUACGCAUACACAGAAACAAACACAAUUACUAAAGUAAUAACUGGACUCGUUGGUCAAGUGACUAUUUCAACUGUUAUUAAUACUUCAUUUAGUGGAAUGACGGAAUUUGUUACAGAAAGUGGUUCAACAACAUUAGUUUUAAAAUAA